UGUAUUUGCACACCUCUUACACAACUCUGAUAGCUUAGUACAAUACAACUUAUCACAAUCCUUGACUCAAGACAUCAGGAUAUCAGGAUAAAUGUAGAAUACAACUUUCAGCGAUACUCUGUCGGUCCAUGCCGAACUCAGCACCUAGCAACACCUCGCCCCUAUUCUCUGCGAGACACAACAAAUAUGGUUAAUCUCGAGGCCAUGCCCCGGAGCCUGCCCCUCACAGUACUAAUCAGUGUCUUUGCUUGUAUGUGAAAUUCUCUCCCCUCUCUGCGCGUCUCUUGCGAGAGAAAAAAAACAUGCCCUCUGUCUCGUUCUCCUCCCGUGGCCGCAGCUGCCUGGUUGCCCCCCCCCCCCCUUUUGAAAUUUGCCUGGCUGCUUUCGAUCACCUUGUUUUUGUUUGCAUUCCCCCCCUCUGCCUUCGUGGUGUUUGCUAUCUCGAGGAGAGACACCCUUCAUACGUUUAUUGCUAUCAUGUGUUGUGUCAUUGUUGAUUCCAUGGAAUACAUAUUAUCUGGUCUUGUAUGUUUGACCUAUUUUCGUUGUAUCUGUUUUGAGUUACCCUAGGUCUAAUACCUCAUGAUUAUUAUUUGGUUUAUAUUUAACCAAGAUUUCUAAUGUACCAUUAGUUGUCAUCUCCGGUAUUUCAAGGGUUUUAUUAACCUUUGCUCCCUGUCUGUAUACAGGGAUACGUGCUUUUUAUUCUUGAGUUAUAUUUUGAUAUCCUGAGGUUGGAGAUGUAUCUAAGUUUCCACAAACGCUUUCUUGACUACCGGAAUUCAUAUUACUUGGUUCAUGUAGAUAGAAAGAUACAAUAAGAAAUAAAAUAAGUAAUACUGCAGUCUAUAAUGUCGACUUAUUGUUAUAGCCAAGCUUCAAACUUUUACCGUAUUAAAAAAAAACUCUACUUGUAAUGUCCGUUUGCCCUGUGCUCUGCGUCUGUGCCAGUGAAUCUGGAUAUUUGUUUGUGAACUGUCCAAAACGUCCGUGGAGGUCAUGUCAUGCGGUCCUUUGACAAUGUGGAGAUUUCCCAGAUCGCCGUUAACCCCUCUCUUUGCCCUGGAGUUUAUUAUUGAAUGGCUCUUUAUGACCUCCAUAUGCUUGGUGUGGCUUGUGGGAGGUAGCGGGGUUGAGGGUGUUUGUUUCAUUUUUUAUCGAUUAUUAUUACAAAAAAUAUUGGCAGAAUUACAGUGAUACCUCGGUUCACGAACUUAAUUCGUGAACUGACUCUGGUCGCGAACCGAAUUGGUCGUGAACCGAGGCACAUUUUCCCAUAGGGUUCAAUGUAAAUCCGGUUAAUCCAUUCUGACCUUUUUUUUGGUUUUUGAAGCACAAAAAUAUGAAACAAAUUACAAUACACAUUAGUACUGUACAGUAUAGUAAUGUAUAAAGAGAGAACACUAACCUUGCUUGAGAUGACUUCAGUAAGCACUCAAACGGGUGAACUGUACAAUACAGUAAGUACAGUAUUGUACAGUACAGUAGUAGAGUACAGUACUGUAUAUGCUAAAAAGCACACCAAAAAAGCAAAAAGUCACUGAAAGUGUCUUCACAGUACUCACAGUACUUCUUUCUGUGUCUCUUCUUCUCUCCACGAUCUUCCUAUAGGAAGUCACGACCAUGUGACAGCCUGGAAAUAGCAUUAAAAUGGCCGCGGCUCCUGUUCGUGAACCGAAGCGGAGUUCGUGAACCGGAGCAUAUUUUUAUGAACUUUUCUGUUCGUAAACCGAGUUGUUCGUGAACAGAAGCGUUCGUGAACCGAGCUGCCAGUUCCUCUGCCACUUUGCUGUACAGAAUUGGUCAGAUGGAGCGAAGACAAUCAGCAGGAGAGAAACCAUUCAAGUGCACUGUGUGUGUGAAGGUCUUUGCACAAUCAUCAAAUCUUAAAAGACACCAGAGAAUACACACAGGAGAAACACCCUUCAAGUGCACUGUGUGUGGGAAGGCAUUUGCAAUGUCAUCACAUCUUAUAAUACACCAGAGAAGUCACACAGGAGAAACACCCUUCAUGUGCACUGUGUGUGGGAAGGCCUUUACACAGUCAUCAAAUCUUAAAAGACACCAGAGAAUACACACAGGAGAAACACCCUUCAAGUGCACUGUGUGUGGGAAGGCAUUUGCACAUUCACCAAAUCUUAAAACUCACCAGAGAAUACACACAGGGGAAACACCCUUCAAGUGCACUGUGUGUGGGAAUGUGUUUGCACGUGCAUCGCAUCUUAAAACACACCAGAGAAUACACACAGGAGAAAGACCCUUCAAGUGCACUGUGUGUGGGAAGGCGUUUGCAUAUUCAUCACAUCUUAAAACACACCAGAGAAUACACACAGGAGAAACGCCCUUCAAGUGCACUGUGUGUGGGAAGGCGUUUGCACGUUCAUCACAUCUUAAAACACACCAGAGAAUACACACAGGAGAAACGCCCUUCAAGUGCACUGUGUGUGGGAAGGCGUUUGCACAUUCAUCAUAUCUUAAAACACACCAGAGAAUACACACAGGAGAAACACCCUUCAAUUGCACUGUAUGUGGGAAGGUGUUUGCAUGUUCAUCACAUCUUAAAAUACACCAGAGAAUACACACAGGAGAAAGACCCUUCAAGUGCACCGUGUGUAGGAAGGCGUUUGCAGAUUUAUCACAUCUUAAAACACACCAGAGAAUACACACAGGAGAAAUGCCCUUCAAGUGCACUGUGUGUGAGAAGGCGUUUGCACUUUCAUCACAUUUUUAUAGACACCAGACAAUACACACAGGAGAAACGCCCUUCAAGUGCACUGUGUGUGGAAAGGCGUUUGCACGUUCAUCAUAUCUUAAAAUACACCAGAGAACACACACAGGCGAAACGCCCUUCAAGUGCACUGUGUGUGGGAAGGCGUUUGCACGUUCAUCAUAUCUUAAAAUGCACCAGAGAACACACACAGGAGAGAAACCAUUCAAGUGCACUGCAUGUGAGAAGGAAUUUUCAUGGUCAUCAUGUCUUAAAAAACACCAGCAAACACACACAGGAGAAGAACCCUUAAAGUGCACUGUGUAUGGGAAGGCAUUUGCAGAGUCAUCACAUCUUAAAAUACACCAGAGAAUACACACAGGAGAAACACCCUUCAAGUGCACUGUGUGUGGGAAGGUGUUUGCACGUUCAUCACAUCUUAAAAUACACCUGAGAAUACACACAGGAGAAAGACCCUUCAAGUGCCUUGUGUGUGGGAAGGCAUUUGCACAUUCACCACUUCUUAAAAUACACCAGAGAAUACACACAGGAGAAACACCCUUCAAGUGCACUAUGUGUGGGAAGGUGUUUGCACGUUCAUCACAUCUUAAAACACACCAUAGAACACACACAGGAGAAAGACCCUUCAAAUGCACUGUGUGUAGGAAGGCAUUUGCACAUUCAUCACAUCUUAAAAGACACCAGAGAAUACACACAGGAGAAACGCCCUUCAAGUGCACUGUGUGUGGGAAGGCGUUUGCACGUUCAUCAAAUCUUAAUAUACACCAGCGAAUACACACAGGAGAGAAGCCAUUCAAGUGCACUGCAUGUGAGAAGGAAUUUUCACGGUUAUCGUAUCUUAAAAAACACCAGCAAACACACACAGGAGAAGAACCCUUCAAGUGCACUGUGUAUGGGAAGGGUUUUCGACAGUUAGGGGAUCGAAACAAGCAUCAAACCAUUAAUCAGGAAAUGAAUCUGAAAUCGGCUUGUGGAAGUCAAAGUGUUGCAAUGAGUUCAUCCCUCAUGAAACAAGAAUCAGAAAAACAUUUGAGAUACGAAACGUGGCCAGGAGUGAAGAUGAAAUGUCAAGAAGUGAAAAUGAAAUUUGAAUUGGCGAAGGUGAAAAGUGAAGUAACGGUCAAGAGUGAAGAAGUGUUAGUAAAAUGUGAGGAUGAAGAUUCAACUCCAAAAUCCGACCUUCACGUCGAUCGAGGCAGCUUUAAGCUGGAGGAUACUGUGGACUCUGAGGCAGAGCGAGGCAACUCCCAGCAAUUUGUGGAUGUGGAGGUGUGGGUGGAUUUUUUAGGCAAUACUGAGUCAAAUGGAGACCAAGUAGAUGUUUAUCAUUGAGCUUAGGAUAAAAAAAGUUCCAUUUCAUUCAUGGGCCUUUCGCAUGAUAAAGUUUUUUUUAGUUAGAUCGCAUAAAUAUAUAAAUUUGUCGUUAAAACCCACCACGAACUGUGAACCUCUUUAAACAAAUAUCAACCGUGCUAUCACUUGGUUUCUCUCAUUCUACGAAUGCAUGUAGGUGUAGACAUCCAUUCAGAGAACAGAGUACAGUAAAUCUGCUGUAAUGUGAUGCAGUAUAUUUUAAUGCAAUAGUGCAAUGUUGGCAAUGUGUCUCUUGAUAAUUUAGUGAUAAUUUUUAACACGUAUGAUCUGAUUUAGAGCAUAUACAGCAAAAGCUCUUAUCCACCAUCUAUGGGGAAUCGAGGAUGCCAGUUCAUCAAAUUUACCGGUUAUCUGAAAGGUAUACUUAAUGUUUUAGUAAAUUAUUUCAAGUAUAAAAACAUUUUUCAACGAAGAAAUUAAGCAUACAUUUUAACUAUGAUAUUCAAAAUAAUUAACUCUUUUACAGAGGUACUCACCAGUCAUUUGUAUAGCAUUCUAAGUUAAUUGUAGAGAAGCAAUGGUGCUGUUUAGAUUACAGUAUACAGUAGUGCAGUACUGUCUUCCAAGAACAGUGCAACAAUUAGGCAGCCCACAACACGAUCACAAUGCUGGCAAGAUGCCAGCAUUUUUCUUUAUACUUGAAGGAAUAUUUAUAUUGCCGUAUUACAGAUGCCGGUUAAUAGAGCAUUCCGGAUGGUAAAGUACGCGAUAGAGAUUUUGCUGUACAUGCCAUCUUACCUAUAAACGUCACUUUUUGUCUGUCUGUCCGUCUGUCUGCGUACGCUCGCUUGCGAGGGAUUUGGCGCUCGGGCCGUGGGGUUUAGGACGAAAAAAAUUUGCCGGGAGGCACGUCCCGUGCAACGGGCAGCAACACCGUCGCUGCGGGGUGGACGCAAUUUUUAAUUCCCGUUAAAAAUAUGCACACGCGUUAACAUGCAACGCUGAGGUAAAUUAAUCAAAGUUUCACGUCCUCUUCACUCCCCCCCACUCCAGUGUGCGCAAUUACUAUUAUAGGGUCGGUAGAUAAUAAAAUUAUAGCGAUUAGACAGUAUUCUAGCGCGGGGGGGGGGGGGGUAGCGGGCCCAGCACCCAGCCUUGGCCGGGUGGGCAAUCUAGGCGAGGCCGGAGGCUCUGCACGGUACUAGGCCUCGACACCCCACACGUGUCAGGCGAGGACUUUGAGCUAUAAACUCGAUAUACCCAGCGUUGCCCGGGGGAAAAAUACAUUUAAAAUACAACUGUGUAAUUAAGUUUAAACCCGACCGCGCCAAGAAUCGAUUCUCUGGUGAGCGUGAGUGG